AUGACUCAUUCUGCCAUAUCAUACGAAAACAAGCUGAUCCUGGCGCCGAUGGUGCGGGUCGGCUCCACUCCGAUGCGGCUGAUGUCGCUCAAGUAUGGUGCCGAUCUCGUCUACAGCCCCGAGAUUGUCGACAAGCGACUCAUCCGAGCCACCCGCAUCGUCAACGAGCUCCUCGGAACAGUUGACUUUGUCGACUCGAUCGAUCGGUCGCUGACGCUCCGGAUCCACCACUCGGAGAAGGACAGGCUCGUUGUGCAGAUGGGCACCGCUAACCCGGAGCUGGCGGUGCAGGCUGCGCUGAAAGUCGCCGGCGACUGUGCUGCAAUCGAUGUCAACUGCGGAUGCCCCAAGCGGUUCUCGGUCAUCUCCAACAUGGGCGCUGCCCUGCUCACACAGCCCGAGCUCCUCUGCAGCAUCUUGACGAACCUGGUCCAGAACGUGCCGCUGCCGAUUACCUGCAAGAUUCGGUGGGUGCACAUGAUGCUCCGGACACCGGAGGAGACGAUCGAGUUGGCCAAGAGACUCGAGGCGACGGGGAUCAAGGCCCUCGCCCUCCACUGCCGGACGAAGAAGAUGACGGAGAAGGACAAGGGCCAGUGGUCGAUCUUCAAGCCUGUGCGCGAAGCCCUGAGCAUCCCGCUCAUAGCGAACGGCGACUGCUUCAAGGCCGAAGAUGUUGACAAGCUGAAGCGGCUGACAGGUGUUUCGUCCGUCAUGGUUGCCCGGGGUGCCCAGAAGAACAUCUCCAUCUUCCGAGGGCCAGGCAAUCAACUCGACCCGUGGGAUGUGAUGGUCGACUACUGCAAGACAGCCAUCGAACUCGACAUGCCCUUCCACAAUGCCAAGUACACCCUGCUGACGAUGUGGUCCAACGUGCGCAAGUCUCGUGGCGAGUCGCCGCAGCGGAUCUCACGGACUCGCAGCAUGCGGCAGGUCUGGUAA